CCAAGAGGCGGGAUGUAGGGGUGACCAGCGGAGCAGCAGCCCUGCCCUCUGGAGCUGCCCUGUCCCCACUGUGGGGCUUGGCGAUGGCCCUAGCACAGGUCCCAGGCCAGGACUGGCGCGGAGACACCCUCAGCCCCAGGCGGGAGGGUCCGGAGUCGCAGCCCCAGCUGGGCCUUCAGGACGCGGCGUGUCUCUGUGCCAGGCGAGCAGAAGAGCUAACUCUGCCCCAGGCUGGCGGAGCAUACCCACCUUCCCUCGUGUGCUGUGAUCAUGAUUGCUGUGAACUGUCCCUGUCACUGGGGGCUCACAGGAGAGGGCAGGGCCCCUGGGACCCUCAGGGAGUGGGGCAGGGCCCCAGGAAGAGGGAGCCGCAGCAGCCUCGCCAGCCUUGCCCGGGGCCAGGGUCCGUGCCAGGUGUGGGUGGCGGUGGGAGGGGCGGUGAGUCAUCCGUCCCGUCUGCCUUAUUAAGGUCCCGCAGUCUCACCACCACCACUGCUGCCGGUCCCGGUCCCAGCCAUGGCGAACAGGACCUCACUGCCCGAGGGCCUCCGCCCAGGCACCGUGCUCAGACUGCGAGGCUUCGUCCCUGACAAGGCUGGCAGGUUCCACGUGAACCUGCUGUGCAGCGAGGAGCAGGGCGCGGACGCGGCCCUGCACUUCAACCCGCGGCUGGACGAGUCCGCCGUCGUCUUCAACAGCCUGGAGCAGGGCGCCUGGGGCCGGGAGGAGCGCGGCCCGGGCAUCCCCUUCCAGCGCGGGCAGCCCUUCGAGGUGCUGCUCAUCGCCACGGACGACGGCUUCAAGGCCGUGGUCGGGGACGCGCAGUUCCACCACUUCCGCCACCGGAUGCCGCCGGCGCGCGUGCGCCUGGUGGAGGUGGGCGGGGACGUGCAGCUGGAGUCGCUGAAGAUCUUCUGAGGGACGCGGGCGGCCCGCGCUCGUGGCAAAUAAAGUUUAAGCCUGUGGCG